AUGCGCUUCCUUUCUGAUACCACAGGCCCAGACCGGCGGGCUCUCGGUCCCCAGAUGCGAGUCAUCGGUGCUGGUCUUCCUCGAUGCGCUACUUCUUCGCUUCAAGCUGCUUUGGAAUCUCCUCAUCUGGGAUUUUUCCCCUGCAUGCACAUGGCCCACGUAAUGCCGAGCAAUGAGCGCGCCGAGAUUGUCCUCAAGGCCAUGCAAGAGCGGGAUAAGGAGAAGAGGCAGGCUCUGCUACACAAGAUCUUCGAUGGAUACCAAGCCACGACAGACUUUCCUGGCUUCUGGUUCCUCGAUGAUCUCAUGGACAUGUAUCCAGACGCCUUGCUGGUCCUAAACCAACGCAAAGGAGGCGACAAGUCCUGGCUGCAAAGCUGGAACAGCAGCAUAGCUUUUUUCCGCACAUGGACCUAUCUGUUGCUCUGCCUGCCAGUGAAAAACGACCGUCUGCACUGGCUUUUGCAUCGCGAAGCAAAGAACCAAAUCACAGAGCGGUGGCGCACAAACGAUCUCGAUGGCUUUUAUGAUGUAUACCAGAAGCAGGUGCUCGACGAAGCCAAACGGAGGAAUCGUAAGAUCUUGGUCUGGACGGCCGAAGACGGCUGGGGGCCGCUGUGCGAAUUCUUGGGCAAAGACGUACCAAAGGACGAGCCAUUUCCUUGGGUCAACGACGCAGCGACGAUGAAGCUUAUUCAAAGGAUCCUCGUUGCCAGGGGCUUAGCAUCGUGGUUGGCCAUUUUUGGCAGCGUAUAUGCAGCAUGGAAAUAUGGGCCAUCUCUUUUGCAAUCUCGUCUUGUUCAGGGCUUGUGGCGGCAGGCUCGUCAGCUGCUGUAA